UUUUACAUCUCUGCUAAGCAAAUCUUUUACACUCCUCCUCUGUUUUCCCCUGUUAUUUCCCCCUGUUUUUUUGGUCAUAGCUGAGCUUAUGGAUGAUGCCGAGUUUUGGCUGCCGGCCGAGUUUUUAGCGGACGACGAUGGGAUUAUGAAGAAAGGGAACCUUAAGAACGAAAACGAUGGAAAAACCGGAACUGAGUCGUGGGCAUCUAGUCAUGGUUUCCCCUCUGAGUUGCCUUACGAGUUUGACUCGUUCGGCUCGGUCUCAGCUCUGAGCUCCCCUGUUGAAUCCGUUGUCGAGUCGACGGAGACUGAGAGCAGUGACGAGGAUGAGUUUCUCGCUGGAUUGACUCGCCGUCUCGCUUACUCCACGAGUCAGAAACUCACUGUUGCCACUCUUUCCUCGGACAAAAACGAGAAAAACGGAGCUUUGGCGAGUUCACCAAGGUCGACUCUGAGUGGACUCGCGUACUUGUUAUCUUCAAGCAACAAUAGCCCCAUUGGACCUUCUCAAGUUCCAUCUCCGUCAACAACACCAUUCUGUGCUCAAAACGACACUUGGGAUCUCAUUUAUACCGCAGCUGGUCAAGUUGCAAGGCUCAGAUUGAGCAAUGAAGUCCCCAAAUACACCAACUUCAGCCAUGGUUACAUGUUGAAAUUAUUAGAACUCGAGUGGCGGAUGUUUGUUCUUGCUAGAGAUUUCCGGAAUCGAACAACUGCGUUUUUUAAUGGAAGACAACAGCAGAUUCAGGGUAGGAUAAGGAAUAAUGUUGUAGGGGGAAGACCAUUAGGGUUGCCUCAAUCUUCAUGGCCACCACUUCAAGUUCAGUCCCAGCCAAAGCAGCUUCAGAGUCAGAACCACCCUGGUUCCGGCAUGAGACCAAUGUUCAUCCACGGAUCCAGAGGCGUUAAACGAGAGUGCGCCGGUACCGGUGUCUUCAUCCCUCGUAGAUACAACACCAACACCAACACCAACACCAACACCAACACCAACACCACCACUACUGAACCUAGAAUGAAAUCAGGUUGCUCGACAGCGUUACUUCCAGCAAAGGUUGUCCAAGCGCUAAAUCUCAACUUCCCUAAUACCAACAACCGUCACGUUCAGCCUCGAUUCGAUCCAGGUUUCGCAUCAAGCUAUGAUGCAUUGGUAGCAAGAAGAAAUGCAUUGUUGACACAAGCAAGAAGAAAUUACAGACAAGAAGGAAGCCUAAAUCUACCUCAGGAAUGGACUUACUGAUUUUUUAGAUUAAUGGUUGUUUUGUUGGGAAAAUGGUAGUGAUAGUAGGAUUUAGGUAUAUGGUAGUAUUUUGCUUUAUUA